GGGUAUAGUCUUGCAUUUAGUCAAGUUGAUCACCAUCGCAUUAAACGCACUAAAUUUUGCUUUCAUGUAAAGAGAAUAAUUUUGGAAAAUUACAUUCAAAUCAUAUGUUAAGUAUGCAGUCAGGAGACGAUAUUAACGUUCAGGAAUGUAAACAGACGUAUCAUGUCGGCUGGCAACAGGGCAAAGGUCUCGGAGCAUGUAUGUUAGAAAUGUAUGACCAAAGUUUUUGGACUGAUGUGACUUUCCGCAGCAAAGAUCACCCCGAGGCGGUUUCGAUCAAAGCACAUAAGAUAGUUUUAGCUGCUAGAAGUCCAGUAUUCCAGGCGAUGUUCUUUGGUCCAUGUGCUGACAGGAGUGACGAGGUUGACCUGGAACACGUGACUAGGGAAACAUUCGACUUAUUCCUAAGGUACAUAUACAGUGAAACCCUGGACCUUUCUGUAGAAACAGCGUUUGAUAUUUUGCGUAUAGCUCACUUCUAUCAAGUCUCUAGUCUUGUACAAUAUUGUGGAGACUUUUUGAUGAAUGUCAUUACAACGGAAAACGCAUGUGAUGUUCUCAAUAACGCGAUGUUGUACGACCUCACUGCACUGAGAGACACCUGCUGUUCUUUUGUCGACAACCAUGCAUUGGAAGUCCUCGAAUCUGAAAGUUUUAUGAACCUGAAUGAGAAAUGCCUCCUUUACAUUCUAAAAGGUGAUACAUUGUAUGCCGAUGAAACAAAGAUAUUUGAAGCAGUUGAUAAAUGGGCAAGAAAGAAGAUUGCAGAAAAUAAAGAAGAAGUUAACGGCACGAAUGUCCGUAAAUAUCUCGGCGAGUGUUUUUAUCAAGUUCGGGUUCCAACUUUGACAAGUGAAUUAUUACUUAGAAGUGUAAGUAGAAAGGGAUAUUUCUCAGUAGAAGAAUAUGCCGAUAUUUCAGGUUACAUAAAUAGGAUUCCGGAUGUUUCCGUUUCUACAAAUUCCAGUGUAAAGCGUAUUCGGGAGACAGAAACAGUGAUAAUAGGGUGUGCUGCAAAAGAAGAGGACAAAUACAUACGUAACAGCAUUUCCAGUACAGUUCUAAUAGAUGUAGAAAGAGAUGUGUGUUUAUCAAAUGUUGUUCUUGGAAAAUUUUGUCCGUAUGAACAAUUGAGAAAGUCUCUGUAUUCUCCGUCUGCAUGGUCUGAAGACGAGUUUUACAAACAAACUCAAAGAAUAUCUCAAAACGAUAUAAACGUGUAUCGGGGUACAAUUGUACAAGUGAAGUCAAUAUUACUGCAAGAAAUUAAAGGAUACGUUUUAGAGCCAAUUGAAGAGUUAGAACUCCCGGAAAACCUGAGUCUUGAUAUAUCAUGCAGUGUCGCUAUUGAAAGUCUUAGCUUUACACAAGAUUUUCAAAUAAGACAACUGCACCAAGAUGACAACGUUAUUAAUGUAAUUCCAGAGUUAAUACUCAAAAAGGAAAGUUCUCCGUAUAAUUUAAAAGUUGUCCUUCGAUAUAGCUGUGGUGGUGCAAUCGGAAUUGGCGAAAAGGUAGCAAAGAAACCUUAUCGUGAUUUUUCUGAAGCCUCAAAACAUUUGCCUGCUGCUAAACAAAAUUUUUGUCAUAUACGCACAAGUUAUGUUGAAGGUUUCCCAGGGGCUAUCAAAAGUAUGGGGUUUAAAAAUUUCUCAAAUCGUGACAUAGAACCAGUACUUGGACUUACAAAUAAAAGCGCAAAUGAACAGAAAAACGUACAAGAAAACUCUGGUACAGUAGAAUAAAAGAUAGCAGGAAGGGAAUACUUGACCGAUCAGUUCAAGUGAAAUAACAUAUUUUCCUAAAACAUACCAUUUUAACAUGUUUUUUCUUUCUUAUGUAAUGGUAUAAAACUGUUCACUAAUUUAGUAAAAAUGUAUAGGUCUCUUCUAUAUGCAAAAAAGCCCUAGCUCUUGGCAUUUGAAAUACACGCAAUAAAUGGUU